GAACUUCUCUGUGCAGAAUCAAAGUGUGUCUGAGUUUAGCUGUGUGUGGUCUGAGGGGGGGUCAGGCGUUUGCAUCUCAUUUCCUGCUUCGCUCUGUGUUAAAGUCGCCAUCAUUACUCAGACAGAUUGACAGCUGAGGGGCGGAGUCUUGCAGCUUCAGAGUCCACUUCAGAUGGUGGCCAUGUUGGUUCCGGUUUUAUUGUUGCUCCUGAUGAUGAUGAGGAUGAUGAAGUCAGAGAUCAUCACUGCUCACAGCGGUGAAGCCGUUCUGCUGAACGCAGACCUUCAGGAGGUGGGGGUGAGGCACAGACCUGAUGUCAGGUGGACUCACCCCCACCUGGUGAUGUCACUGAAGAGCAACGUGACCACGUGUCACCACGGACGCUGCGAGCUGCUGAAAAACGGUUCGCUGAGAUUCGGGCGAGUUGCAGUUGCAGACUCAGGAAACUACAGCCUGCAGGUGUUUGAUGAAGAUGGGACACGACUGAAGACGAGAGACUUCCUGCUCAUAGUGGAGGCAGAGAGCAGCAGCAGCAGUGUGGUGCUGUCUGUGUUGAUGGGCGUCAUCCCCCUCCUGCUGUUCUUCAUCAUCAUCUUCAUCAUCAUGAGGAGGAGGAACCAGAGGAUGAGGAAAACCACAGGUCAGCUGCAGGAAAAUGUUUACGUCGUGAUGCACAGUAACCCUGGCAACAAGAGCAAAGACGAGGAAGAGGAGAGAGAGGAGGAGUGUCAUUAUGGUAUGACACACACACACACUCAUGCAGGCCAACAUUUACUAAGAGAUGCUGACUUGUUCUACUCGCUCCACAGUUCCCUGUGAUCCUGUCGUUUCCAUGGAAGCACCAAUCACACAGCAGAUGUCUGUGGCUGGAGAGGACAUCUACGUGUGACAACCAAUCAGAGUUCACCUUGUUUUUGGCGUGCUGUGCCUUACCUGGACAUCACAACUCACCUUUAUUUUGCCGUCCACUGCCUCUUGUCUAUAAAAAUAAACUUGUGUGUGUUUGUGGAUGAUUCCUUGAUUUUAGUUUUUAGUUCUUUUGGU